AUGGCGAGUCGAAAAACGAGCGACGGUUCCCAGAAGCAACGAUCCCCCGGUGCGAAGGGUAGUUCAACCAAUGUUGGUGGUACGUAUGCGGGCAACGUGAACCAUCCGGAGAUGGCAAAUCAUCCGGAGACGACGAGACAAUUGGAGAGUGUCGUCCAGCUUGAUCCAAAGCUUCAGCUGGUGUCGGCAGUACCGGAAACGGUAGUCCAACCUCCAAGUGAGUCUUAUUCGACGGUCGCACCCCCUCCUAGCCAACAGGUAACCCUUACCGAAAUGGUGAGUACCGCAAAAGGAGCUAUUCCCAAAACUCCCACAGCACAAAUUAGUGCGAAGCAGAAUAAAAAUAAACGCAUAUCAGUCCCUGCCAUCAUUACGACUAAUGCCUUCGUUCGACGAAAUCCCCCACGUCGCGUUCGCGAAACCCGAGUCAGGCAAAACCCCCCGCGUCGCGUUCGCAAAAAUCGAGUCAGUAGUUGCGGAUUAUGCGAUGAUCCCGACAAUAUCAGAAUGGUACAGUGUGACGAAUGCGAUUCGUGGUACCAUUUCUCGUGUGUCGAUGUGAGUCAGUCAGUGGAGGAGAUAAGCUGGUCGUGCCCCAGAUGUGCAAGUGAGUUUUCAAUUAAGACCCCCAGUGCAGUGCAGACAGGAAAAAUUGCCACUGUAAUCCAGGAAAGUACCAAGCAGCUGUCGCAGCACAAUCUACCCCCCAUCGAUGCAGUUUCGGUCAAAUCGACUGGAAAGUCGAGCAAGCGUAGCGAUAAAAAGAGAAUCGAGCUACAAUUGCAGAAACUCAAGGAGGAGAGGAAAUGCCAGUUGCAGUAUUUGGAUCAGAAGUAUAGCCUGCUGCAGGAGUUGGAGGGUGAGACUUCAUCCCAGGCCAGCGAUCCGGAUUCCAUUCUGGAGAAUGCGUCGAAAGUACAGCAGUGGAUUGAUAACACGGAGAAGUGUGGUGAUGAUUCCGGCCUCUCCGAUGCAGAUCCGGAAGACGAACGGGUACCGAACAAAUCACAGGAGCUCCAGGUAGUCAGGUUUCCACCCCAAGCGCCGCAGGUAGGAGCCGUCAACGACGUUGAGAAGGCUCAACAAAUCAACAAUCAGUUGAUUUUCGACCGACGAGGUCCGCCCGUAGUUAAAACGGACAUAUCAUCCAGGAACGUUCAAAGUAACAGGUGUACCCUUCCGCGACCGCAAGUUGGCCUUUCGGAUGCUGAAGGUAUUUCGGCGCUUACAAUCUCCGAGUUGUGGAAACAGUGGUGCGAUAGGUUUCUACCCCCUGUAGACCAGAACAGAACCAUCGACCGACAAAUUCCACCGAUAAAUACACGUGAGGAACCCGCACCAACGCACCGCCCUGAGGUGCCUGCGCCACCUGUGAGCCGGAGCAUUAUCAGAACCUUCGCUGAGGGAGAAUUCAUCCCUGGACAAGGAUCUACUCCAGUCCCUCAAACACAGCGUAGGAAUACACCACCGGCGGUUGGGAUCGAAGGUGAAAACACUGUGUACCUGUUGAAUCGGAGUCAGCUGGCCGCCAGACAGGCCGUUUCAAAAGACUUACCGGACUUUGGCGGAACACCAGAAGACUGGCCACUCUUUUUCUCGAUUUUCAAUUCGUCCACACAGCUCUGUGGAUUCUCGAACGAGGAAAACAUGCUCAGGUUGCGGAAAUGCCUCAAAGGCAAGGCGUUGGACGCUGUCAAGUGCCGUUUGCUCCAUCCAUCGAAUGUGCAUGGAGUGAUGGCCACUCUCAAGAUGUUAUACGGACGGCCAGAGACGAUUAUACAAGCAAUCGUUAAGAAGAUCCGUUCACUGCCGUCUCCUAGCAUCGAAAGGCUGGAUACUGUGAUCCAGUUUGCCCUCAACGUGGAAAAUCUAGUUGCGACAGUCGAAGCCUGUGAGAUAGCAGAUUUUAUGUACAACGCUUCCCUGAGGUACGAGUUGGUGGAAAGGUUGCCGCCGACGUUGAAGCUGGACUGGGCUAAAAGCUCCCGAAGCAAUCCUAAUCCAAACCUUCUGGACUUCAGUUCGUGGCUACGCUCUAUCGCUGAGGAUGCCAGCGCCGUUUCAAUUGCUACGGGCAGUGAUCACCGUCCUAGGAUUUCGAAGAGAGACGGCUACUUGAAUCUUCACUCCGAAGAGGACUACCAGUCGCCGAGAAAGCCGUCGGUCUCUGCAGAGUGCAGUAAGCCUACUUCUAAGGAGCCCGCCAGAGAAUGCGUGGGCUGCAAAGGAAAUUGUUCGACCUUAGCGCAGUGUAAGCGGUUCAAAGAUCUCAGCUAUGACUCGAGGUGGGCAGUUGUACGGGAGUUUAAGGUGUGUCGAAAGUGUCUACGGAGGCAUAACGGUCCAUGCAAGCAAAACAAGGCGUGCGGGGUUGACGGCUGUUCCUUCCUUCACCAUUCACUUCUCCACGACGCAAAAAGGUAUUCAUCGGCUUCAUCUGCUGCUCCGGCCUCAACGCCUCCACAGCACCGCGGGGAUCAAGCUACAAAUAGCUGUAACGUACACCAAUGCCAGUCUGAAAUCCUGUUCAGAAUCGUGCCAGUUGUACUUCACGGGCCUUCGAAGGUAGUGCAAACUUACGCCUUUGUUGACGAUGGAUCAGAACUCACAUUGAUGGAGGACAGUCUGGCCAGAGAACUAGGAGUAGAAGGACCUACGAAGUCCCUAUGUCUCCGAUGGACUGGAGGUACUAACCGAAUGGAAAGCCAGUCGCAAAAGGUAAACUUCUACAUCUCCAGCGUCAUGAAUCCCAUUAAGAAGUUCCAGCUCUCCGAAGUGCACACAGUGGGAAGCUUAGAACUUCGACCGCAAACGUUACGGAUACCUGAGCUGCAGGAAAAGUAUCGUCAUCUGCAAGGCUUGCCGCUGGAAUCAUAUCAAGAGGUCAGCCCGCGACUUCUCAUCGGUCUGGACCACGCAAGCUUGGGCAACGUGAUGAAGUGCCGCGAGGGCAAAUCGAACGAACCAAUAGCAGUCAAGACGCGCCUGGGCUGGAUGAUCUACGGGCGCUGCUCCAGGACAACGAAUGGUGGAAGUCACAUUAAUCACCACAGCAUUCAAAUCUGUCAGUGCGAAUCCAAAUCUGACAAGGAGCUGCAUGAGGCCAUGAAAGAGUACUUUUCACUGGAAAGCCUUGGCAUCAGUAAGCCGAACAAACUACUGCUAUCCAACGAUGACCAAAGAGCGACUGAGCUGCUGCAAACGCUAACACGACGUACGAAUGGACGCUACGAGUCCGGCCUUCUCUGGCGAUAUGACAACGUCCGGCUUCCGGACAGCAGAUCGAUGGCGCUACGACGGUGGGAAUGCCUUGAUCGGCGAAUGCAGAAGGAUGCGAAUCUAGCACUGGCGCUAAACGCGAAAGUGAACGAUUAUUUGGCCAAGGGCUAUAUCAGGAAACUUUCAGCAAAGGAACUAGAGAUGAGACGUGACCGAGUUUGGUACCUUCCGAUGUUUCCUGUAGUCAAUCCCAACAAACCAGGCAAAACAAGGCUUGUUUGGGAUGCGGCAGCGACUUCGUACGGAGUAUCUUUGAAUUCCGUGCUUCUCAAAGGACCCGAUCAGUUGACCUCUCUCCUAUCUGUUCUAGUAAGAUUUCGGGAGUUUCGUGUGGCUGUCUCCGGGGACAUCCGGGAAAUGUUCCAUCAAGUGAGGAUGAGACCGGAGGAUCAGCACUGCCAACGCUUCCUGUGGAAGGAGAAUGAAGCAGACACAGCUCCCAGCACAUAUGUCAUGCAAGUAAUGUCGUUCGGCGCGAGCUGCUCUCCAAGCACUGCUCAGUAUGUAAAAAACACCCACGCGAUGCAAUUUGAGCAGGAGUAUCCAAAAGCCGUCCAUGCCAUUGUUCAUCAGCAUUACGUGGACGACAUGCUGAUCAGUGCUGAGACAGUGGAGAAUGCAAUCCAGCUGGCGACGGAUGUGAAGCGAAUCCACGAAUCUGGCGGGUUUGAAAUACGAAAUUGGGUGUCCAACUCAUCGACGGUAGGUGCUGCGCUAGACGGAGAAGAAACCAAAGAGAAAAACCUGAGCAUGGGAGAUGCAGAUACCACUGAAAAGGUGCUCGGAAUGUGGUGGAAUACUGCAGCGGACUGCUUUACAUACAAGCUGUCUCCCCGCCAUGAAGCUGACCUGCUGUCUGGGCGUAAACGGCCUACAAAACGCGAGGUGCUGAGGACCUUGAUGAUGGUAUUCGACCCGCUGGGGUUGAUCAGUCACUUCCUGAUGUUUCUCCGAAGCCUACUGCAGGAGAUCUGGAGAGCAUCCGUCGACUGGGACGAGCAGAUUCACGAUUCCCACUUUGAAAAGUGGCUCACCUGGCUGCGGGUCCUCCCACGUGUCUCAGAUAUCAAGAUUCCCCGCUGUUACCGGAUUACCACAUCUGCAGAAGGCACCGUGCAAAUGCAUACCCUCGUGGACGCGAGCGAGAAUGGUUUCGCGGCCGUCGUCUAUUUACGUUUCCAGGAAGGAAGUACAGUGGAUGUUGCGCUAGCUGGGGCGAAAACCAGAGUUGCACCGUUGAAAUUUCUUUCUAUACCGCGAUCUGAACUACAGGCUGCCGUUCUAGGAGUCAGACUGGCGGACUCUAUUCUAGGAUCCUUGUCGAUCAAGGUUCAAAAGCGUUAUUUCUGGACAGAUUCCAGGGAAGUCUUAUGCUGGCUGCAUUCGGAUCAUCGGCGCUACAGCCAGUAUGUGGGCGCACGGAUUAGCGAGAUCCUUGAAACGACGGAUCUACGGGAAUGGCGGUGGGUUCCUACUAAGUUGAACGUGGCGGACGAUGGGACCAAAUGGAAGAGUACUCCCGACCUAAGCAACUCUAGCCGAUGGUUCUGUGGACCUGACUUUCUUCGGGAAACAGAAAAUGAAUGGCCGGCAACGCCGCAGUCCAUCGCAGUCACCGAUACAGAGCUUCGACCGCAUCUUCAUCUUCACUUCAAGGUUUUCGAGCCGAUCAUCGACACAAGCCGCUUCAGCAAGUGGUCUAUCCUCCGGAAGACUACGGCGUACGUAUUCCGAGCUAUCAGCAACAUGCAGCGAACAAUGCGAAAGACUUCCAAAGCCUGCGGACCACUCACGCACGACGAGCUGGUCAAGGCCGAAUGCUACCUGUACCAGAUAGCACAAAGGAGCGUGUACGGAGAGGAGCUUGCAAUCCUAUCUAGCCUUCGAGAAUCACAUGGAAAGCAAAUCCCCAAGAACAGCCCUCUGUUCCGCGUCUGUCCGUUUAUGGACGAAAAGGGACUCCUUAGGGUUCGUGGGAGAACCAGCGCUUGCCAGUUCAUCGACAGUAGCAUCGCUAAUCCCAUUAUCCUUCCUCGGGAGCACAGCAUCACCAGGCUCAUCAUGCUGGACGUCCAUCAGCGGUUCCUGCACCAGAACCACGAGACUGUUCUAAAUGAGCUGAAACAACGCUACUACGUUCCUAGAAUGAAAUCCGUCUACAAGUCCGUCCGGAAUAGUUGCCAAACCUGCAAAAACGAACGAGCUCGUCCACAAGCGCCGCUGAUGAGUAAUUUGCCGCCGUCACGCCUUGCAGCCUACAGCAAACCUUUCAACCACAUGGGGGUGGAUUACUUCGGCCCAAUGACAGUUUCCGUUGGCCGUCGAGUGGAAAAACGCUGGGGGGUCUUAGCCACUUGCUUGACUGUACGUGCUAUCCAUCUGGAAGUUGCGCACUCGCUCACAACUGACUCGUGUAUAAUGGCGUUACGUAAUGUGAUGGGCAGGAGGGGGGUGCCGGCCGCUAUAUACAGCGACCGUGGUACGAACUUCGUGGGCGCCAACAGGGAACUACAAACCGCACUCGAAGAAUUGAACCACGAUGAAAUCGUGGCAGAAUUCACCUCACCGCAGACGACUUGGAGCUUCAUCCCCCCCAUGUCUCCUCACAUGGGCGGAUCUUGGGAGAGGUUGAUUCGUACCGUUAAACAGAACCUGGAGAAACUGCUACCAAACCGACUGCCUUCCGAUGAAACGCUGCGAAGUACACUCAUAGAAGUGGAAUACAUAGUGAACUCGAGGCCUUUGACCGAUAUCCCUCUCGAUGAUGAUCAAUCUCCCGUGCUGACACCAAACCACUUCCUCAUCGGAUCAUCGAGUGGUGUGCUUCCAUGGACCUGCUUCGACGACAGCCCUGCCCGGCAGAAACAGAACUGGUGCCUUUCACAGAGCAUCGCGAACCGGUUUUGGAAGCAAUGGUUGCACGAUUAUCUUCCCUCGCUGACCCGUAGAACGAAAUGGUACAAAGAAGUGAAACCAAUCAAGAUCAACGACGUCGUGGUUAUCGUCGAUAACAGGUUUCCUCGAAACUGCUGGCCCAAAGGCCGAGUCAUCGCUACCAAAAUAGCAACCGACGGACAAGUGAGGUGUGCCACAGUACAAACCGUUCAUGGUGUAUACGAGCGACCGGCUGUAAAGCUCGCGGUGCUCGACGUUGGCGUAGGAUGUAAUGCAACUCAGAAGGAUCUUCGAUGCAUUAAAGGGGGGAGUGUUAGUUGCGCAACGUCGACCAGCGUACCUAGUCCACCCCUGGCUGAAUCGAUUGCGAACUGCGGCCGCACCUAG